UUAUGGUAAUUUAUAAUAUCUUAUGUUUUCAGGCUUUAGCAUUACGGUAAGACAAUAUACAUAUACCUGAGAGUUCACAGUAGCCAUGAAUACUUUAUCAACAACUACUAAAUUAUUAAAGAUGCCUCUGCUUACACAGACACUGAACAAAGGACUGAAGUCAUUGUCCAUAUAUUCAAGUUUGAAAUGCUCUACUUAUGGCCUCCUGAAAGUUGGACCUUCUCCUCAUGGCUCAUGUGUUUCAAGAGGAAACAUGUUACCACAUCUCUCUUGUGAUCACAGUCAUUAUGAAAUUUGUGUAAGACAUAUCCAUCAGCUGCACACAUCCUGUGCCACUCCUAAAGUUGUGGAGUUCUUGUUAGCUGAUAUUGGUGAAGGUAUUCAGGAAGUUAUUGUAAAAGAAUGGUUUGUGGCAGAAGGAGACAAAGUGGCGCAGUUUGACAACAUCUGUGAAGUACAGUCCGACAAGGCCAGUGUCACAAUCACGAGCCGCUACGAUGGCACUGUAGCCAAGCUCCACUACCAAGUGGAUGACACAGCUUAUGUGGGCAAGCCCCUCAUUGCUAUUGAAGUUAACAAGGAUGGUGACAGCUACGUUCAUGGCGCUGAGCUGCCUGAUAUUGUUAUGUCUGACGCAUGUAUGAGCAAAACACAGACGUCGCCUGCAGCAGGCAUGUUGCUGCCCACCUCCCUGCCUGUGGUGCACGGCAAGGACCGAACUGAAGCCAUCAAAGGCUUCCAGAAAGCCAUGGUCAAGUCCAUGACUGCGUCCUUGCAAAUCCCCCACUUCGGGUACUGUGACGAGGUGGACCUGACGGCGCUGGUGGGGCUCAGGCUCGCCAUGAAGCAGGUGGCGGAGCAAUAUGGCGUCCGCUUCUCUUACAUGCCGCUCUUUGUUAAGGCCGCGUCCAUCGCCCUCACUCACUUCCCUGUCCUUAAUGCUUCUGUUGAUAAGAAUUGCGAGAACAUCACUUAUAAGGCAUCACAUAACAUUGGUAUCGCCAUGGACACGCCGAACGGGCUGCUGGUGCCGAACAUUAAGGCGGUGCAGGGGCGUACGGUGCUGGAGUGUGCGCAGGAGCUCAACAGACUGCAGCAGCUAGGAGCCAAGGGGGCCCUUGGUGCUGCCGACCUCACGCACGGCACCUUCACCCUCAGCAACAUCGGCACUGUGGGAGGCACCUACGCUAAACCUGUUAUUCCUCCUACUGAAGUGGCGAUCGGUGCUAUUGGGAAAAUACAGGUGUUGCCGCGCUUCAAAGACAACAUAAGCACGGGCGCGGUGGUGGCAGCGCACAUCAUGCAGGUGUCAUGGUCGGCGGACCACAGGGUCGUGGACGGCGCUACUAUGGCGCGUUUCUCGAACCUCUGGAAGUCGCUCCUCGAGAACCCUGCCCUCAUGUCGCUCUAUAUGAAAUGAGUUCUUCUUCACGCUACGAAAUGAGUCGGAUCAUGACAGUUGUUCAUGAAGUAGUUAUACCAUUGUACUCAAGUGACGCGCCACCAUAAUCAUGUUGUUUCUCAAACACACAUAUAUCAUCUGCCUGCUGUUGGGCUGAAGAUUUGGUAAAUAUUUCGGCGCUCCUGCUCGGGAAAUAUUGUCUUCCUGCUAGGGCCGCGGUGCCUGAACCUGUUUAUCAUGUUACGUGAUUUUACAUGUCCCCAUGAACAUGUUAUGUCUCUCAGAUACCUGUCUCUUCUGUUGCUUUAUAUUAUAUUUGAUUUUUAUUUUGGCAUUUCAGGCUAGGAACAACUUUGCUCUGGAAUAAUGAAAUGUUCAAUCCAGAGGAUAAGAAGGCUUAAGUGACGUCAGUAUUUCUUGACUGUGAGGCUACCUUAAAAAUCGGAGAAAAUUUAAAUGGCUUGAGAUAUUUUUUUGUGUACUUCGAUUUGAAGUGAGUUUAGGCCUCCGACAUGUAUGGAAUAUUUAUGUAGAAAUUAAACAGUACGAGUUUUUGACAACGAGUCUCACGAGAUAUAAAAUAACUGAUCAUAAUUCCGCCCCCAAUCGUAGACGCUUUAAUCGUGAGUCUCAAAGUCCUCAGUUUUUGAUAAAAAUUUUUACAAUUUUUAAUUCGAAAUCAAAAUCUUCCCCCUAGAAAGACAAAGUAUUUAUGUAGAUAUUCAUUUGUUUUGCGUGUUAGAUUGUACAAAUGUGCUGUUAUUAGUUCUACUUGCAGCUGUUAGCUGAGCGUUUGAUAUUUGAGCUUAGCUGUCGUUCAUGUUAUCUGUUGGCCUCACCCAGGCUUACAGAUAACAUAAACGACAAAUCUAUCUCUGCGACAAAUUUUCAGCUCAACCUUGUAGAGUUAUGACUGUUCUUUUUGGUUUUAAAUGCUAGUUUGGUCUCUCUGUGUAUGCGCUCUUCACAUUCUGGUCAUGUCAACUUGUGCAUUUAUUACUUGUUGUCUAAGUUCUAAGUUUAUUAUCAGUAAAAUAUUUCAAAUCGGCACUGUUUCAUGUUGAACGAGUUUCAGAAUCAUCAAGCUAGGGCCAUGUUUUAAUUUGAUUUAUUUUGCCCCGCUUGUGACUACCAUUGUACGUUUUUCUUCACGAGAACGUUCGAUUACCAGCCAAAUUUUCCGUCGUGUCUGUAUUUGUUCUCGGUCCCAUGGUUCUGAAGAUAUUUGUCGAUAAAGCGUUUGACAUAGAGACAGCCAGUUACACCGCCUUAAUUGGUGCGUGGUAUUCAAAGAUACUGUUCGGCUGAAUUUGUCAUGCUUUUGAAUCUCGUAGUGCCGAAUCUUCCAUACACAAUUACGCCUAAAGGUUUCAUUUUAGGUUUCUGACUUGCUGAGCUCAGCCGCACAAUGCAGGCGAAACUCAAUUGUAUUCUAGCGGUGCAAACGAAGCCAUUACAGUGAUCAAUUUUAUUUCGGAUAGAUUAUGUGAUCGGUGAUAGAGUUUCAGAAGCAAAAUGUUGUUAUCUUUUCAUUAUUUAAUUUUAUCUUAUACGAUUCUCUGAACCUGAAUGUAUAACAGCAGAAGGGGCUCGCGUUUCCCUGCUCUUGGGUUUCACGCUCGGAAUUGAUGUAUCGCACAGCAUGAGAAGAAGAAGAAAAAUGUUCUAGGCUUGAAUUUAUAAAUUGCUGUGGCGUCAUGGAGAGCUGCUUCAAUGUCAUCGUAAGGGAAGUUGAUUACUACUUUCAGUUGAUGUUGUGUUGCUGCUCAUUUUAAACGUUUCUCGUUAUUUUCUGAAGAGUUGUAGGAAUUAUAUCUUGUUACUGACGUAAUUGCUUCCACUGCCAUUAGUUUCACGACGCAAAAUUUUUUUGUGAUUUAGCUGCUUCAAUUAGUUAAUUUUUUCUAUUGAAGGUGACAAAAAUUUACGCGGUAUUUUGCCGCAGGUAUCAAUGAAUAUUCGUUACGCAAGAGUUAUAUGAUGUGGACUGCAGUUGAUGUGUAAUCGAAUUAUGCAAUUACAGAACAUUAAUAUAAUAUUUGUGUUGGUUUAUCAAAAUCGCUGGUUCUGGUAUCCCGCUUGUUGAACUAGAGUGGCACCUCUACGGUGCCGUAGCUAUCGCUGUGAUUAUACGAGAUUUUUUAGUGUAGAUUCUUAGCGCUCUCCGAAUUUUGAAGGUCAGUCAUUUAUGAAGUGAAUGCUUUAAGUUGGACUGCCUGCUUUUUCUCUGAUGAAUGGAAUGCUUCUAGUUGGAUUUAGCAUAAUAGUACAAAUUGCAACA